CGGCAAAUAUGGCUAGCUUGUUAAGUGGGGCUGCUGUUUUCUGUUGAACGUUACUAGAUUCCAGCACAAACCCGAGAUUACCGCCACUGGUGGGAUGUCUGAGUGAAACACUGGAAACCCGACUCUAGGGAAAGACCACUGACAAUUGUAAUUGGUUUUAGUUAGCUUUUACUUUUUCUACUAUGGUUUUAUUAUAAAGACCAGGUCUUGGGUAAGGGUGAAGUUUGAGCUAACGUUAGCUUCACGGUAACGGUUUAACGGUCUGUCAAACAUGUCGGAAGAGGUGAGUCUGUACGACCUGCUGAACCUAUCCAUCGGGACCCCCCAGAAGUCUUCCGUGAACUUCGGCGCCCUCCACUCGCUGCUCUUCGCCAUGCUGAAGCAGCUGAAUCUCCGGGAGGUGAAGACCCGGUGGAGGGACUCCUCUCCGGGUUAUGGGAGCCCUGAUCUGACGGCGGCAGAGGAGGAGGUUCAACCCGGCACGGUGCGGGAGGAGCAGGAGGUUCAGGUGGAGGUUCAGCCGGACACUGACUUCCAGACGCGGGCAGCCACUCCCUUAUGCCCGGGCCCGGUCUCCGACCAGCUGAACCUCCUUUCCCGCAUCCAGACAUGUGAGGACGGCCUCUCUAAGUCGACGAGGCUGAUCCUGGACCUGAACGAGCAGAACGAGCGUCUGAAGGAGCAGAUGGAGGAGCUCCGGCAGCAACACGAGAUGGUCGGUGACGUGUCGGGGACAGCCGCUCGGAUGGAGAGCUGCUGCCACCGUGUGGACACUCUGGAGGAAACUGUGGUGAGGAAGUCUCUGAGGGACGCAGUUCUGCCCGGCGACAGAGAGGGCAAGACAGAAAAAUUCCAGAAGGAGCCUGGAGAUUCAGGGGUCGAUAAUCAGCUCGUGGCAGCCAAACAAACCUCCUCGCCUUCCUGCAGUGACCUCACUGAACCUCCUCAAAGCAGCACACCUCCCUCCUCCCACCCCGACAAGGUCACCGUUGGACCAGCAGCUCCAAGUUCUCCAAAUAAAUCUGAGGAGAUUUCAAAACUUCAAGAAGUGCUGGACACCGCUGAGCGUGCUUCAGUCCAGUCAGGGCCGCCUCCACAGACUGGUGUUAAAGCAGGCUCUGCUGGUAAACCUCUAGCUUCAGAUUCCAACAGCUCCACACCAUCCCCAGAGGCAGUGGAGGCCCUGAGGAGCGUGAGCCAGCUGCAGGAGAGGCUCGUCCAGGUGGAAGCUCGUGUGGCGGCGUUAGAGAAAAGAAAGGCGGACCAGAGUCAGCUGGCUGAGCUCAGAGAGCUCAUCGCCAUCAAAGGUUCCCGUGGAGACGCGUUCAAUAACCUGAUGGAUCAGCUAAACGAGCAGAGAGCUUUGAUAGACCGCCUGAUGAGUGACAGGGGAAAGCUGGACGACUUGGAGGAAAUGCUCAUGAGCCUGAUGAGCCCACACAAAGAAAGCACCUCUGAGGUAACUACAGAGAGGGCGGAGUUACAAGAGGCUGCAGAGAGGGCGGAGUCAGAAGUGUCAGAGAGGGCGGAGUCAGAAGCUUCAGAGAGGGUGAAGUCAAAGGCAGUUUCAGAGAGGCUGGAGCAAAAGAAAGCUUUGGAGAGGGUGGAGUCAGAAGCUUCAGAAAAUGUGGAGUCAGAGGCUUGCAGAAGAGUGGGUUCAGACAGCGAAGGUUACCGAGAGCUCAGAGAGCAAAUAUCCUACCUCAGGAAACGUGUGCAGAGGCUGGAGGAGGACAUUAGGCAGCUGCGGGUGAAGCAGACUCAGUGUGAGGACCAGCAGCUACAACAUGAGCUGGACGACCUGCGGGGAACGCUGGAGGACACGAUCUUGUCCUUCACGUCUCAGCUGUCCACCAGGCUCUGCGAUGAGGCCGUGCAGGCGGAGAGUGGCGGUCCAGGAGUCAGUCAGAGCGAAGAGUGGUCAGCUCUGAAUGCCAGAACAGCAAACACUGGGGAGAAGCUCGGCCUUCUGUUCGAGCGGUACGAGCAGCUGCAGGACGCGGUGAACAGACUGAUCCAGCAGCAGGGCGGAGCUAGAGAAGGGCCGCUGCAGGACCAAGAGGCAAGCCAGAGCAGGAACAUGGAGCUGGUGAACGGCGUGCAGCAGGCGAUGCUGCAGCUUCAGGCCGACUGUAAGAAGCUAAAUGAGACGAUGAGAUCGCUGCACGAAGACAGCAGACGCAAGCAAAGACACAUUGAGGAGCUCUACAAGACGACGGAGGAGCUGGAAGUGAACAAGGCCGACAAGCAGAUGGUCGAGAGUGAAAUCAAAGCCGACAAAUCGGCCCUGGAAGGGAAAGUGAGCCGGCUGCAGUUCGACUCGGUGACGGAGCAGCUGAGCGGGAUGUUCCACGAGCUGCUGAACAAGGUGACGAGUCAGGAGCAGGACUGGCACAAACUCAUGGGCAAGCUCUCCACCGAGAUGGAGUGUAAGCUGAACCGGAUCGAGCUGGACUCUGUGAAGAAGCAGCUGGAGGAUCGCUGGAGGAGCAUCCACGAGAAGCUGCAGGCUCAGGCGGCGCCGGAGUACGAGGACGCCGCCGGGUUCAGGAAGCAGCUCGUGGAGAGAUUCCACUGCCUCUCCUGCGACCGGCCCAUCGUGAAGCACACGCCCGGACCGCAUCUGGUGACACUGCCCUCGUUUCCUGCGUUCCCCUCGCACAAGUCCAUCAGGCCGUUCACCGUUUACACCAUGGAGCAGUUACGCCAGCACUACCGGAGCCAGCAGCCCGGCACCAACCGCUGCAGGUACGAGGCAGCUAACGCGUGCAGGAGCAGGGAGCGGCUUCAGAGGAGCCAUGCCACCGCGUGCAGGCAGAUAGAGAGCGUAGAGAUGCAGGGACAGCCGCAGCACAGCGACAGCACGAACGCAGCGCAAGGCCAGCAUUCUCACACCUCGGGCAGCGAGCGCAUAUCUGAGCUGACGGAUUACGGUCACCUGGCUGCGGCGCGGAGCUGCGGUGGGAGUCAUCACACCAACGCUGCGGGCGGUCAGCGGCGCGGCGGCCCGCAGCACACAAAACUCCACGGUGAGGCAGAUGGUACGAUUCAGUCGGAGGAGGUGGAUAUCGUUGGACUGGACGGGCGCAUUUACAAAGGGCGCCUGAACGUCCCGGCCUGCAGGAACUCAGAAACUAAACUGCCGAUGAUCCCCACCAGAGACGGCGUGUAUAAGAGUAAGGACAAAGCCAAGCCUGCUGCCUCUCCGGAGGUGGGACACGGCAAUCCUCUUCAUCAGCCCUGCAGUCCCAGGAGCGCACCGUGCAGCCGCUCAGCAUCCAGCUGCUCCGGUCGCGAUUGGCCCGUCUCGGCUCUGGGCUGUGCGUCUCAGAGCUCCAUCGCUCAGGGUUCAGCUGCAGCAGAGAGCACCGCAGAGCCUCCGAGCAACUAGCCCCUCGACCUGUAGGGGGCAGCGUCAGCCUCCGUGCUGUGUUUAGUUUGUGAGUGCAGACGGAGGUUCGGGUAACCUGCUACUGCUUAUCGUCCAGACUACACAUCCCAGAAACCCCCUGUGAUGUGGCUCUGUACUUAUUUUUUCACUUUGAAUAUUGUUGUUAACAAAUAAUAAACUUUAGUGUGAAUUUAAUCACUUUUUAGAACAUCAGAUAUUAAACAUCAAACAGAUGUUAUUUAUCAUAAAUGAGCCACGUUUAACGUUCAUCUUAAAGGAUCCUUUUGAUGUGAUUCACAUUAAAACUUCACAGAGUCUGUCUGAA